GGUCCUGAAACUGCGUUUGUGCACUCUAUGGAUGUGGUAGAGCCCGAAGCCACAAGCCAGACACCAACUCCAUGCACUUGUUUUUCUCUGUGGGAAUCACAGAAAUAUUCAUACGAAGAACAAUAAAUGUAGCGCGCUUCCGAUUACCCGAAGGCGACAGAGAAACAUUCUGGAAGAAUAGGAAACGCACACGUUGGAUUGCUUUCAUUCUAGGAAACCGCAAAAGAGAAGAAACUCUUCCUAUGAUUUUUGUGUAUUAUAGUAAACGCAACUCUUAAAUAUUUACAUUAUACGGAUUCUCUGACUGCUGUGGUUUCCAUUUAUUUAAUCCAGACUGACCCUUCAAAUGCUCUAAAAGAUAUGUGUCUAGGAGACAUUCAAUGGGAGUUCUAAUACAUAUAGGGGACUUUAUUAUCAAGUGUUUUACAUACCAUAAGGGGAUCAAUUUGUCAUGUUUUCACACUUAUUUGGAUUAUUGCAUAAAUGUCACCGAGUUGUUUCUUGUCAAUCUGUUUCUAAGGAAGUGUGUUAAGGGACUUACUAGGUUGCCAAACCGCAGCGAAAGAAGCGUCGACAGUUCUAAGAAGAGCUUCAAGGUCCACUACCCCGAAUCAGCUCUGAUAAACUGCAGAUUUUCGAAACUUCAGCACUCUGAAAUAUAAAAAGGCUUAUUAACAGGUCAUUGAAAAUAAUCCCUUCUUAUAAAUCAACUGGGAAUAUAAUUGGGGAUUGUUUAGAAUUAACACCGAAAUACCGCAAGAGCACUUUUUCUUCAUAUUUUCUUCCUGCGAUCAAACCCAUCCAAGAAAGAGAACUCUGGAUUUCAGCUUUUUCCUAUGGGUCACUUUAAGCACCCAAUAGCAUCGAUACACCGAUGCCCGGACCAUACAGUUUUUAAUUCAUGAAAAAAAAUCAACCGAUACAUUUGAAUUUAUUAUCUAUUUUAUUUGUUUAAUUUAUUUCCGUCAUCUAUUACUUACUAAACUCAGUUCAGUGGCGCUUCUUGGAUAUUUGCAACAAACGCAGAAAGAAGACUUACUUGUGAUAAAAGAUUCGCCUCAUUGUCUGACUUUAAACGAAGGAAGGAGUUAACCCCCCUCCCCCAACCCCACUGUGUGAAGCUUCUCAAUCCGAAAAGCAAAAGAUUCCUCCGAUGGAAAUACACUGUAAGCACGAUCCGUUUGCAGCAAUGCAUAGACAUGGUGGCGUAAAUCAGCUUGGUGGUGUCUUUGUAAAUGGCCGUCCACUUCCAGAUGUGGUGCGCCAAAGGAUUGUGGAGUUGGCCCAUCAGGGAGUACGUCCAUGUGACAUUUCCCGGCAGCUACGGGUUAGUCAUGGCUGUGUCAGCAAGAUCCUUGGCAGGUACUACGAAACUGGCAGCAUAAAACCAGGAGUCAUUGGAGGAUCCAAACCAAAGGUUGCUACACCCAAAGUUGUUGAAAAAAUUGCAGACUACAAACGCCAAAAUCCUACCAUGUUUGCCUGGGAGAUAAGAGACCGACUGCUGGCUGAGAGAGUCUGUGACAAUGACACUGUGCCUAGCGUCAGCUCUAUUAACAGGAUCAUAAGAACAAAGGUACAACAGCCCCCAAACCAGCAAGUCUCCGCCUCCACGCACAGUAUAGCAUCCACAGUUUCAGCGACUCAGGUGUCGUCUGUAACAAGUGACUCAGCAGGAUCUUCCUAUUCAAUCAGUGGAAUCCUAGGAAUCACCACCUCCAGCACUGAAGCCAACAAACGCAAAAGGGACGAAGGUCUGCAGGAGUCACCAAUUCCCAAUGGUCACUCGCAUCCAGGCAGGGAUUUUCUGCGGAAACAGAUGCGUGGAGAUCUCUUUACACAACAGCAGUUAGAGGUCCUGGACCGAGUAUUUGAAAGACAGCCGUAUACGGACAUCUUUACAACAACCGAGCCCAUCAAACCAGAGCAGAGCACAGACUAUUCAGCCAUGGCAUCUUUAGCUGGUGGUCUAGAUGAAAUGAAAAACAGCCUUGCAAAUUCAGCCCCAGCAGACCUUGGAGCCAGCGUUCCACAGUCAUACUCACUUGUAUCAGGUCGAGAUUUGGCAAACACAACCCUCCCAGGAUACCCUCCUCAUGUCCCUCCAGCCGGACAAGGAAGCUAUUCUGCUCCAACGCUGACAGGCAUGGUGCCUGGGAGUGAGUUUUCAGGAAGUCCGUAUACACAUGCCCAGUAUUCAACAUACAAUGACUCAUGGAGAUUUCCAAAUCCGAGUUUAUUAGUGUUCCAGCAAGACUACGGUGCACGACUUGGUACAGAAAUUGGAUGCACAUCGCGAUUUUUUCCUGGCCAGUCAAGUCAGAUACAAGGAUCUCCCUAUUAUUAUAGUUCAGCAACACGAGGAGCUGGACCUGCAGCCACUGCCACGGCUUAUGACCGACACUGACUCGAAGUUCUGCUGGACACAUCUGUCAUGAUCAAUGCAUAUCUCUCUGCCAUCCUCAAGUGUUGGAUCGGUGCUGGGAGGGGGCUGGGGGUGCGGACUCUGUGGUGGGUAGAAGGUUCAGCUUAUGAGUAGUUCUUGGAUACAUCAAUAUUUCCAAUCAGCUGUGAAAAUGACAGGAGUUGUAUACACACUGAUACAUGCUACACUCCAUUACUAACAGAUUGCAGUUCCUAUUCAGAAAAAUAAAAAAAUACAUAAAAUGUCCAUUAUCUUAAAACAAGGCCUCACUUAAUCACUCACUACUGAAUAGUUCAUAAAUCAAAAAAGGUGUAUUUUAUAAAUGUAGCUGUGAGUAUAGGACAAUGGGAUUACAAAGUUCAUGUCAUUUGGGUUGCCCUUAUAAAUGAAAAAAAAAAAAAUUUUGUCAAUAAACACCUACAGUCUACUGCCUUAUCCAGACAAGUCUAAGUUGAAAUAAAAUCUUUAGACAUUGUUAUGUGGCUUUCACCAUGUAGCAUAUUAAGCAUCCGUCUUCAGCUUUAGUUUCUCCAAACGGUGAUUACAGGAGGGAAUAAAUGAAAGCAGACACUUAUAAUAAACAGCAGCACAUUUAUUUGUGUCUUUUGAGUGACAAAUCAAUAUUUUACUGAGUUGUUCCAUUUUAAAAGCACACACAAUUCAACUAUGGUCAUAGUUUUACUGUUAGUAUGCAACAAUUUUGCAGUGAAGUAUAAAGGUUUCGUUGAGAAUUAGCAUGGUUUUAAAUAAUAAAAAAAAAAUAAACCUGAUAUUUUAAAGAAUUUGUAAAUGAUAUGAAUAUUAUAGUACUGUGUAAACACAGUAACCACAGUGACCGGCCACUACAGAUAUAAAGUGCGGUCGAUAAAUCUGCUAUUUUUGUCUUUCAAUGAGACUUUUAUGCCAUUUCUUGGGACAUUGCAUGCAAAAGGCACACUAAUGCAGCUUAUAAUAGAUUAGCUAUCAACAAGAAAACAAAAUCUGUGCACAAAAUGAUUAUGUUUCAAUUCUGAUUACUUCUAAACAUAGUUUACUGAUUAUCACAUCACAGAAGUUGAUAAUAAACUAAAUAUUUUGGGUUCAUAAGGUAUACAUUAAUGAGGGUUUAUCAACAAUGUAUACAAAUUCCUUUAAAAAGUCCAUAAGCACAACUACACGUUUAGUAACAUAUCAAUAUAUUAUCUCUUAAUUAAAGGAAGAUUUUAUUACCUUAUACCAUUAUUCUUAGCUAUAGGGUAUACUAAUUAAGGCCUUGAAGUAUUUCUGAAAUUCCAUUGAAUAUUUGAACAACAGGCUGUUCAUUUGUUUUAAAAUAAUGUGGAUUGUGGUAAAAAUGCAGCAAAGCAUAGUGGGAAGACUAUGUUUUUGGGGGAAAUGCUGCACAAUAAAAGAAUGGGCAGAUUAUAAUUCUGUUAAAAAAUAUCAUAAUUCAAGGCUUACACUGCUACUGCUCAAUGGAAAUUUGAAAUCAUGGUGUUCAAACAAGUCAUAUUUGUCAUAAUUUCUUUGACUGAAUAGCCCUACUUUAUAAUCCUUAAAAGGGUCUUUCUCAAAAUAUAAAUUUCCUAUUAAGUCCUAUAACAUCAUUUUUUUUUUUAACAAACAAACAAACAUUUAUUUUAUAUAGUGUCUUUCUGUAUUGGAUUAUCCCA